CUCUAAUUUAAUUGGGAGGUUAGAAUCUUAGAGUGCAAUUUUGUUGCUGACUAUGGGUCAUGAGGUUGCUUUUGGCAUACAUUCGUUCGAUGAGUGCGACCCUAAUUUUCGAUAUUGGUUGUUGUACGAUAUUAUGGGGAUUAUCCAACCUCGUUCUUUCAUUAAUAUGAUUUAGGAAGCUUGUGCAUCUGUCUUUCUACCAAAAAAAUGUUCUAAUUUAAUAUAUUGUUUGAAACAUUUUUUUUCAACUCGGAAUCAUUACUAAAUAGUAAAUUCUUCUUAGAAAGUCUACUUCCAUAACCAAAACCAUCACUUCAUUUUAGGGUAAAUUACAGGUUUGGUCACUGCAUUUACUAAAGAGUGUCAUGUUUAGUCACUAGAAAUAUUUUAUUUCAAUGUUUGUGACUCGAAUUAGUCAAAGAGUCCACACUUGGUCACUCUAUUUUAGUCUCUGUCAAUUCCCGUUAACACCGUCAAUCAUUGCUGACAGAAGUGCUAACUCGCCCUAUUUUAACCCGCAACAUCACCAAACUCGACCCGCCAUGUCAUAUUGUUCAACCGAACCCAACCCAUGAUCAGACCCUGCCUUAUUGAGCCGCCCCACCUCCUCCCUUUCCAAUUGUCAUAAAAAAAACUAUCACACGCCAUUGUCGCCCAAAAUAGUUUCCUCCCUAUUCUCCGACCGUCGGAAUCUUGAAAACUCUAAACCAACAAAAUGGCCACCGAUCUCCUUCCCCUCAGUGUCGUCGUAGUGUACGCCUCAUCCAAUCCAGACAUCAACAACCGCCGGAGGCUUCCCCCCUCAUCCCCUUGUCGUAGCCGAAAUGGUGGUCCUCGCUCUCCGGUUGGUCCUCCGAGCAGGAUUACGUCGGGAUGCCAGCGAGCCACCCGGCGGUCGAUCAGGACGAGAAUCAUGCGAACCUGGAGGCAAAACAGGCCAGAUCUCGAUUCUCUACAAACGGCUUCACAGUGGAGAAGGCCAAUCAUCUCAGUAUGCUGACCUCAGGGAUGUCGUCACACAACAACGCGAUGUACCUCUCUGACUUCAAGAACAAGAACAACGACUCCUCCGUCGACGACCGGUAGCCUCCCUCCUCACUGUCGGUUUUCCCUCAUACUUUUUUCCCACCUGAGUAAUCUCGAUAAUUUCCUAUAGGAGAUUCCGGAGCUUCCCACUGGUUUGCCUUCCCCAUCAACGGGGAUGGAUCUCUGAUCAGAAAUCUUGACGAAGUUAGUUUAGCGCCGUUAGGGAGUGCUUCUUUCUUGCUUCCGUUGCGACAAGACUUCAAAUCGAGCGUGAAUCUGAGUAGUUCUCCCAGAUCAUCAACAGGGUCCGUCAGAGAUCCCUGUAAUGUCGAACUAUACGCUUCAAUUCCAUUUCUUCGCCCUUCAUAUCGAACAAGCAACUAGCUGAGUAAGUGAUUUAUGGAAAAUGGGUGAGCCAUCAGUCGGCCAAGAACCACACGAAUUGGAGAGAAGAAUUUAUAGCUUCGGGUCGUACAAAGUAAAGAAAGUACAUAUCCCUGUAGUGGAAGGAUUAUCUAAGGUGGGACUUUGAAUCAUCACGAUGGACAAAUUUCGUGGUCGAAAUUUUUCUUAGGGGGGAGGAAAUGUGAUACUUCUAUUUUGUUUUAGGAUCAACAACAAGUGUUGAAUGAGUUGGAUCAACGAGUCACAUUGAAUCGGAAUUUUGUCCCAUUAAGACCCCGGGCCAAGUUGUGGAAUUAAAAGGACAAUGACUCACUCAAAGCUACUCGAUGCUCUUAUAAAUAAAUAAAAAAGCUACUCGAUGCUACAAAGUAAUGAUGCUACAAAGUAAUGAGGGGAUACCAGUUUGAAGUUUAUAUUAUGAGAAUAAAACAUUGAGGAAAGUAAUUACAAGAAUGGUGUUGACUGAGGUAUGAGUCCAAACAAAUUUCGGACGAAAUUUUUAUAAGGGUGAAGGAAAUGUAACAUCCCGACAUUUGGAUCUAGAUUCGACCGAAUGGUUGGAUCAAUGCUUACGUAUAAAGGAAUGUAACCAUAAAUUAAGGACGAUAAUAAUAAUAUUAUUAUCAUCAUCUACACGUCUCCAUAAGCAAUUAAGAGAAAAGAAAAAAAUUUAUUUUUUUAAAGCCCAUGUAUCCCAGCGCUCCUCUCCCCCGGGGGAAAUCCCAAAAUACACAUGUUUUAAAAAAAUUCUCAAAAUACACACGUUAUAAAAAAAUUCUCAAAAUACACAUAUUUGGACAUCACUCCUGUUGACGGCCGCGGUGAAUGACUGACGUAACACUGAAAGUUCAAACAAAGGUAACUUUGCGCUCGGUUAUCCGAUUGUAGCGAUUUUUUUUAUUCCACAUAAUUUUUCAAGAUCUUUCAAUUCGAAACAAGCCUUCAUCCCAAAAAUUCAUUUGCUAUCCCGAACGAGAAAUUUUUCAAUUUUGACAAACUUUGGAAGACCAUAACUUUGUGCUCCACAAUCCGAAUGUCAUGAAACUUUUUUUUUUUAUUUUUCAUAACUUUUGAAGUACUACAACUUGGAUUAUAACCAUAAUUUUGGAAAGUAUGUGGAUUUGUGAAAAGUAAAGGCAAAGUGAUUCC